CCCUCCUUUUCUUUUCCUUCUCCCCUCCCUCUCUCUCUCUUUUUUCCAUGUCUCUCCUCCUCGUUUCCCUCCCUCCUCCCUCCGUCCCCCCUGGCCAGGCAGCAGUAGUCGGGCCCGGAGCGGACCGGGACAGCGCUGGGGAUGGGGCGCGGUUCGGCGGCACCGCGGCCCCUCCGCGCCCCCCUCUACUGCUGCUUCCUCGGCCUCCAGCUGCUGCUCAGCGCUGCGCACCCAGACUCCAAAAUCUUCCUCAUCUACAACACGGGCUCCCAGAGCUGCCUGGAAACCAAAGACUCACUGGUGAGGCUCAGCAAGAGCUGCAACACUAGUGCCCCAGCCCAGCAGUGGAAAUGGGUCUCCAGGAAUCGUCUCUUCAACGUGGGGGCCAUGCAGUGCCUGGGGGUGUCAUGGAAAGAGGCCAAUGCCACAGGAGAGUCCCAACCCUUGGGCACCUACGAGUGCGACCGUGAGACUGUCACCAUGCGCUGGAGCUGCCGUGGUCUCGGGGAGCAGCUCAGCCAACAGCUCCCUGCACCCCUUGCCAAUUCUUCUCUGGACAGGAGGGAUCAGGCACGUGGCUCACAGUGGAGGACUUACGGAACUGAAGAGGAUCUGUGCUCUGUGCCUUAUGCUGAGAUUUACACCAUCCAGGGCAACUCUCAUGGGAAGCCAUGCACCAUCCCCUUCAAAUAUGAUAACCAAUGGUUCCAUGAGUGCACCGGUACGGGGCGAGAGGAUGGGCACCUGUGGUGUGCCACCACUCAGGACUAUGGCAAGGACGAGCGAUGGGGCUUCUGCCCCAUUAAGAGCAAUGACUGUGAGACCUUUUGGGACAAGGACCGCCUCACCAACAACUGCUACCAGUUCAAUUUCCAGUCCACACUGUCGUGGCAGGAGGCCUGGAAUAGCUGUGAGCAGCAAGGGGCCAACCUGCUCAGCAUCACUGAGAUCCACGAGCAGACCUACAUCAACGGGUUACUGACAGGGUACAGCUCCACGCUCUGGAUUGGGCUCAACGACCUGGACAUCAAUGGAGGCUGGCAGUGGUCAGACAACUCGCCCCUCAAGUACCUCAACUGGGAGAGUGACCAGCCUGACAACCCCAGCGAGGAGAACUGCGGGGUGAUCCGCACCGAGUCCUUCGGGGGCUGGCAGAACCGCGACUGCGGCAUCGCCCUCCCCUACAUCUGCAAGAAGAAACCCAACGCCACUGCUGACGCCUUCCUCACAGACUCGUGGUCAGAAGUGAAGGUAGACUGUGAGCCCAGCUGGCAGCCCUUCCAGUCCAGCUGCUACAGGAUAGUGGGAGAGAAGAAGAGCUGGCAAGAAGCAAAGACAACCUGUCUGCGGAGUGGAGGGGACCUGGUCAGCAUCCACACCCUCUCUGAGCUGGAGUUUGUCACCAAACAGAUCAAGCAAGAUGUGGAAGAGCUCUGGAUUGGCCUAAACGACCUCAAGCUGCAGAUGAACUUUGAGUGGUCAGAUGGGACCCCUGUGAGGUUCACGUACUGGCACCCCUUUGAACCCAACAACUUCCGUGACAGCCUGGAGGACUGUGUGACCAUCUGGGGACCGGAAGGGAGGUGGAAUGACAGCCCAUGUAACCAGACCCUGCCUUCCGUUUGCAAAAAGCCUGGCCGGGUGAGCCAGGAGAAGGCAGAAGAUGACCACGGGUGCCGAAAGGGCUGGAAGUGGCACAGUCCCUCAUGCUUCUGGCUGGGUGAGGACCGUGUCCCCUACAGUGACGCCCGCAAGACCUGCUCCGACUACGGCUCCACGCUGGUCACCAUCACCAACAGAUUUGAGCAGGCUUAUGUGAGCAGCCUCAUCUACAGCUGGGAAGGGGAGUACUUUUGGACAGCACUGCAGGACAUCACCGAGACGGGUGCUUUCCGCUGGCUCAGUGGUGAUGAGGUGACCUACACCCACUGGAACCGUAACCAGCCCGGUUACAACAAGGGUGGCUGCGUGGCCCUGGCCACUGGCAGCUCUGUGGGGCUGUGGGAGGUGAAGAACUGCAGCACUUUCAAAGCCAAGUACAUCUGCCGGCAGAACCUGGGCACCCCAGUGAACCCUGAGCUGCCAGGGCCCUACCCCACACCGAGCCUCACCGCUGCCUGCUCCCCAGGAUGGAGCUCGGACUCCAAACUCCGCCACUGCUACAAGGUGUUCAGCUCUGAAACACUACAAGAGAAGAAGACGUGGGUUGCAGCACAGGAGUUCUGCCGGGGGCUGGGGGCCCAGCUGCUCAGCCUGGGGAGCUAUGAGGAGGAGCACUUUGUUGCCAACACCCUCAACAAGAUUUUUGGGGAGGCAGAGCCAGAGCUCCAUGAGCAGCACUGGUUCUGGAUCGGCCUGAACCGCCGGGAUCCCAUGGGGGACAGGAGCUGGAGCUGGAGUGAUGGGCUGGGGUUUUUCUACCACAACUUUGACCACAAUCACUACGAUGAUGAUGACAUCCGGAGCUGCACCGUGCUGGAUCUGUCCUCCCUACACUGGAUGCCCAUGCAGUGUGAGGCCCAGCUGGACUGGAUCUGCAAACUGCCCAAAGGUGCUGAAGUGAAGGAGCCGGAGAUCAUGACCCAAGGCAGCAAAGAGUGGGUGAAGUACCAGGAUGCUGAGUACAAGUUCUUUGAGCAUCACUCGACGUGGGUGCAGGCUCAGCGCAUCUGUGGCUGGCUCCAGGCAGAGCUGGUGUCGGUGCACAGUGAGGCCGAGCUGCGCUUCCUGGGCCAGAACCUCAAGAAGUUCUCCAGGGGCCAGGAGCAGCAUUGGUGGAUUGGGCUGCACACCUAUGAGAACAACGGGAGGUUCAAGUGGAUUGAUGGAUCCCUCCUCAACUUUGUCUCUUGGGCACCAGGCAAGCCCCGGCCUACCACCAAGGACAAGAAAUGUGUGUACAUGACAGCAAGCAGAGAGGACUGGGGGGAUCAGAAGUGCAUGACAGCCCUGCCCUACAUCUGCAAGCGGAGCAAUGGGACGGCUGUGAGGCCCUCGCUGCCCUCACCACCUCCCGCCACGAGUGGGGGCUGUCCCCGGGGCUGGUUUCCCUUCCUCAGCAAGUGUUUCAGCUUCAACGGCCAGGACAAAGCUGAGAUAGUGAAGUGGGCAGAGGCUAAGCAGGCAUGUGAGAGCCAAGGGGCUGUCCUGGCCACCAUUGCCAGCCCCCUGGAGCAGGCUUUCAUCACCUCCAUGCUGCCCAACAUCUCCUUCGACCUCUGGAUCGGCCUCCACGAUGCCCAGAGGGAGUUUGGGUGGGUGGAGGAGGAGCCGCUGCAGCACACGAGCUGGGCCCCAGGCGAGCCCUCGGGCUGCAGUGCAUCUGGCCCCCGGGACAGGCCGACCAACUGCGUGCUGGUGUGGCACGGCUCACCUCCUCACUUCACCGGGCACUGGGACGACCGGAGCUGCCUGGAGGAAAAGCAUGGCUACAUCUGCCAGCAGAGCAUAGACCCAUCCCUGAGCUCCAUAUGGACGUCGUACCCCCCCUCGCCCACCGGUGCCCUCUUUUACCACAACACCACUUACCGUAUCCUGCAGAAACCCCUCAGGUGGCACGAGGCACUGCUGCUCUGUGAGACCCUCAAUACCACCCUGGCCACCAUCCCUGACCCCUACAGCCAGGCUUUCCUCACCCAGGCUGUCAGCACCCUGCGGGCUCCGCUCUGGAUCGGGUUGGCCAACAUGGAGGGCGGUCGGAGCUACUCGUGGCUGUCAGAGGAGAAUCUCUUCUACACCAACUGGCAGGAUGGGGAGCCUCAGCAGUUCAUGGGCUGUGCCUAUGUGGACCUGGAUGGGAGCUGGCGCACGGCCGGCUGUGACACCAAACUGCAGGGGGGCAUCUGCCAGCUCCAAGCAGGUGCCCCUCGCACACACAAGUGGAGCUACAGUGGCAGUUGUCCCAAAUUCCUGGAGGACUCAUCCUGGAUCCCUUUUCGGGACCACUGCUACACCUUCCACAUGGAGAUCACCCUGGGGCAGAAGGAUGCCAUGAGGAGGUGCCAGAAAGUUGGUGGCACGGUGUUGUCCAUCCAGGACGAGAUGGAGAACAUCUUCGUGUGGGAGCAUCUCCAGGCGUAUGAGGGCCCAUCCAAGGGGGCCUGGCUGGGCAUGACCUUCAACACUAAAGGUGGCACCUUGGUCUGGCACGACAACACCGCUGUCAACUACUCCAACUGGGGCCAGUAUGACACAGGGCCCAGCAUGCUGAGCCAGAACAGCUGCUACUGGAUCCAGAGCAGCAAUGGUGUGUGGCGUCUGGGCUCCUGCACCAACGUCACCAUGGGGGUCAUCUGCAAGAUCCCCCGAGUGGAGGAGAGCAGCUUUUCCAGGGCAGCCCUACCGGAGAACACGGCAGCCAUCGCUGUGGUGGUGCUGGCGGCUCUGGUGCUUGGUGCCAUCUUAGGCUUUGCCUUCUACCUGUACCGGCGGCGGCGGAGCUUGGAGCUCAGCUCCUUCGAGAGCGCCCGCUACAGCCGCACCACCUCCAACCCCUUUGAGGCCGCCGAGAAGAACAUCCUGGUGUCCGACAUGGAGAUGAACGAGCAGCAGGACUGA